UGCGGCGUUGUUUAAGAUUAGACGCUGGGCUUGUUUGGGAGCAUCACAACAUUGUCCCUGCUGCUUUGUCCGGACAGAAAGCAUCGCGUUUCUCUUCGAUGAAGUGUGUGUGAAACCGGGAAAUGUCCACCAUGGUGUAUCCACGCGAAGAAGCCCUCGAGCGACUGAGCCAGGAUGAGAUCGUGCUCAACACGAAGGCCGUCAUGCAGGGCCUGGAGACGCUGCGCGGCGAACACGCCCAGAUCCUCAACUCGCUGCUGGACUGCACGCAGCCGCCCGUCGCCCAGGAGAAGUCUGGGCUGCUCCGCAAGAGUCUGGAGGCCAUCGAGCUGGGCCUGGGAGAGGCACAGGUGAUCAUCGCCCUGUCGAGCCACCUGAGCGCCGUGGAGUCGGAGAAGCAGAAGCUGCGCGCCCAGGUGCGUCGGCUCUGCCAGGAGAACCAGUGGCUGCGGGACGAGCUGGCGGGCACGCAGCACAAGCUGCAGCGCAGCGAGCAGAGCGUGGCCCAGCUGGAGGAGGAGAAGAAGCACCUGGAGUUCAUGAACCAGAUCAAGAAGUUCGACGACGACGUCUCGCCCUCCGACGACAAGAGCCAGAGCGCCGGCGGAGGAGGCGGCGGCGGGAGUGGGGGAGACGCUUCGAAGGACAGCCUGGACGACUUGUUCCCCAACGACGACGAUCAGGGACCGGCGCAGCCCAGCGGAGAGGUGGCCGCCCAGCAGGGGGGCUACGAGAUCCCGGCACGCCUCCGGACUCUGCACAACCUGGUGAUCCAGUACGCCUCUCAGGGCAGGUACGAGGUGGCCGUGCCGCUCUGCAAACAGGCCCUGGAGGACCUGGAGAAGACGUCCGGACACGACCACCCCGACGUGGCCACCAUGCUCAACAUCCUGGCCCUCGUGUACAGGGAUCAGAACAAGUACAAAGAAGCCGCUCACCUCCUGAACGACGCUCUGGCCAUCAGAGAGAAGACUCUGGGGAAGGAUCACCCAGCCGUGGCCGCCACCCUCAACAACCUGGCCGUUCUGUACGGCAAGAGGGGCAAAUACAAGGAGGCGGAACCUCUGUGCAAGAGAGCGCUGGAGAUCAGAGAGAAGGUGUUGGGCAAGUACCACCCGGACGUGGCCAAGCAGCUGAACAACCUGGCCCUGCUGUGUCAGAACCAGGGCAAGUACGACGAGGUGGAGUACUACUACAGGCGGGCCCUGGAGAUCUACGAGUCCAAACUGGGAGCCGACGACCCCAACGUGGCCAAGACCAAAAACAACCUGGCCACAUGCUACCUGAAGCAGGGGAAGUUUAAAGACGCCGAAGCUCUGUACAAAGAGAUCCUGACCCGAGCGCACGAGAAGGAGUUUGGAUCUGUUAACAACGACAACAAACCGAUCUGGAUGCACGCCGAGGAGCGAGAGGAGAGCAAGGGGAACCGCAAAGACUCUGGUCCGUAUGUGGAGUAUGGCAGCUGGUAUAAGGCCUGUAAGGUGGACAGCCCCACAGUGAACACCACCCUGAAGAGUCUGGGAGCUUUGUACCGUCGUCAGGGCAAACUGGAGGCUGCAGAGACACUGGAGGAGUGUGCCAGCAAGACACGCAAACAGGGUAUUGAUGCCAUCAACCAGAGUAAGGUGGUGGAGCUGCUGAAGGACGGGGGAGCUGGAGGGGCAGACAGACGACACAGCAGGGAAGGAAUCAACGGGCCGGGGGGACAGAGGGGGGAGAACGAGGGAGACGACUCUGCAGAGUGGAACGGGGACGGUAACGGGUCUCUGCGUCGCAGCGGCUCCUUCGGGAAGAUUCGUGACGCCCUGAGGAGGAGCAGUGAGAUGUUGGUGAAGAAGCUGCAGGGCAGUGGACCACAAGAACCCCGAAACCCAGGAAUGAAGAGAGCCAGCUCGCUCAACUUCCUCAACAAGAGCACCGAGGAGACCACACAGGACGCCACCUCCGGAUUCUCAGAGUGCAGGGGAUUAAGCGCCAGCAACGUGGACCUAUCCAGACGCAGCUCCCUGAUUGGCUAGACAGACACCGGAGGCGGGACUUGGUGGUGGGGUGGGGGGGGAGAGAGACGAGGAGAUGCUGUUUGCUGCUUGGUUUGAUCAAACAAACACACAUAAAAGCUCAAAGCGAGAUCAAACACCGUCACCUGCAACACUGAAAAUCAAAAAUCAUCCAGUUGACACGAGCGCUGCUGCUGCUGCUGCUGCUGCUGCGCUGUACAAACCGCCUCCCUCCAACACAAUAGAGAAUAUUUAGAUACACAUUUAUCAGCAUGCUGCUUACUAGAAAGUGGAAUGUCUGCACCUGAACGCCUCAUCGCCUCACCUGAACACAUCGUGACGAGUCCGUCUCUUAGAUCCACUCUCACACUGUCAGAACUUGCGUAGGCUAAACUCCGAUUUCAGCUCAGAGAGAGAGAGAGAGAGAGAGAGAGAGAGAGAGAGAGGCAUCACACUCUGUAUAUUCCACCUGUAGCAUGAAGUAUUAGCUGAUGCUAACAACAUAUUGAAUCCAUAUCAUAGCUGGUAAGUAAAUGGUACGAUCCACUUUAGAGUAUAAAAACAGAACACAAGCAGACGUUAGCACUAAACAUUUAAACCUCACUUUUUGCCUUCUUUGUUUUUAUGUAUAUACAGUUUUAAAUUAUUAUUAUUUCCUGUGACAUUCUUUGUAUAUAGUGCAUAUGUUUUCUCUUUUUGUUUACACUUGACCUGGUUCAUGAAGGCCUCGGAUGAAAAAGAAAACGAUUAUCAGGAGGGGGAAAGACUGGAAAAGAAGGAAAGGAUAGAGGGAAUGAAGGAUAGGAAAUUUGUAACGGUCAAAAAUGCUGAUCAAUUCUGUACCUCAGUACAAUCUCAGAGCUUAGGAACGCACUUUGAGUUUGAUGGUACUGUCUGAGGUAGCGUCCACUGCGUCCUCUACUGAGCAGGCGUUCUGCAAAUAUUCUAUUUUCAAAAAUCUUCUUUAGGAGUCCGAGACUAAAAGAUGCAGGAAGAUACCUUCAAAGUAAAUUCACAUAUCACUCUAAACAUCCUGAAUGCAACCUCUUCCCUACAACAUGAAGUCAGAUCAAACUCUGUACUCUUGACUUUUGUUUCCCCACUUUCACCACAAACACUUUUCGGCAGUCAUGAGCCUGAAUCUUAAUGAGACGCUGUGAACGAGAUGUUUAUAUGAGACCUGUUUACAAUCAUUAAACUGGAUACUGCAGACACAAUCAGUGUCAUCUAACGAUACCAGUAAACUACCUUCAUCACUGAUUUGAAGCUGAUGCAGCGCGUCGGCUACAUCAUGAUUCCUCUUGAGAUGUUUUUUUUCCUGUUUUCUUCUCUUAAUGUUUCUGAAUGUUUCUCAUCUUGUUUUUAAAAAAAAAAGAUCCUCCAUGUUUUGUUUGUUGACGCUGACCUGACCGAGGUCAUCAGUCGUAAUCAAACGAUUGUGACUGCUGAUAUUGUCCUCUGAAUGUCUUAUUAGUAAACAUUGUUUUUUUUUUCCGCUGUCACUUUAAAUGAGAACUGCGAGAUGAUAAUUCAAAUGUAGAAUUGUGUGUCUGUCGUCGGGUCAUUUACACUGGAUCUUUAGUUGUUUUUUUUGUUUGCUAUGAAGGAGCUACACUUCACCAAAAUGAGAUCGAUACCAAGAGAAGUGUCCGCAGAAUGUACGCGUCGUGGUGUGUUCAAAUCACACUCGGUCAUUUGUGACUUCAAAGAAUACGUUUUUUUUUUCUCGGCUUUCUUUUGUAAGUUGUUCUCGUCUUACUCUUAAAGAAAGCCAGAAAAAGUCAAUUCUUGUCGGCCUGAGUUGGAUUUCAAAAAUGUCGAUACGUUGGUUUAUCCUGCAGUCAUACCGUCACCGAUGGUGCGUUCACACCUUCGCCCGUAUGCCGCCUUUUAACCGCAUGUCGCCCUUCUUGGAAUCCCCUUUUGACGAGGUCACAUAGCUGAGUUGGGAAAAAAAAGUGCUUGAAUCUUCUAUCAGCUUCUGAAUGUGCAACGUGGCGCAGCGUUGGGAUAUUAAAGAAGAAAUGUGUUUGAAGAACGAAGGAGUAAAAGUAUGUGUGUUUAGAAAAAAAAAAAGAAAAGAUUUGGAAAGUUGUUUGCAGGAAGGAAAAGUGCUUUAAGUGUCGUUCGCAGCAAAUAAUGUACAGAACUCUCCGACCUUUAUAUGUCUGUGUACUGUAUGUCACUUCAUGCAGCACUCACUAUCUCCACUAUGUAUUGAUGUGUAAAAAAAAAAGUUGUAGAAACUCCUUUUUUUUUUUUUUCCCAUUUUGAUUGUUUGUUCCUGAACGCACCACACUGUUAAAAUCAAUCCUUUUAAUCCUAAAUCAACACGUUAUCAACCCUGGGGGGGGGGGAGUUUUUCUUUAGUGGUGCGUUUCACAAACUCCAUAAAUGUUUGAACAUUUGGUAAACAAGAAAAAAAUGGAACAGCUGAGAGCAAAAUGAAAAUGAUUGAAAUGUUGAUCAGAUGAAGAUCCAAAGCUUUUCAGGAUACAUCCCGUUGUUUUCGUCUCUCUUUCUGUUCAAAUAUUUAUGGAGCUCAAUGAGGGGUCAACGUCGACCGGGAUGAGGGUCUCGUAUUUGUAAUCAUCUAUUGCUGAUGACUUGAUGGAUCAUGUUGUAAAGGGGCCAACCCAGAAUGUGUAUUUUAUCAAACGCUCAAUAAAAACAAAAAUCCACUUUUCAA